ACAGCCGAUAAUAUAGUACCAACCGGUAUUGUCUCAUCUCCGGCGAGAAGCAGACAAUCCUCUCCCCGCAAAGUACACGGACCCAACACAACACAGAUAUUAAGAGAGGAAUCUCCGAUACUCACGCACAACAGUGCACACUGGCACACACCAAAUGAAAGUCGUGCUCAUACGCGUACGCCUGACAAAAACGAGAAACACCCACACACAGAGGGCGAACCUCGUGGGCGUAUACAAGAUAAGGCACAAAAGUACACCCAGUCACAGAGGAGAUUGCAGACAUCCACACCAGACAACACACAGACACGUACGAGACACGAUGUAAUAGCAUCGGACAAUGCCGGUAUAGGGGUACCGUUAACAGAGGUGGUGAGAACAUCGGUGAUAGCACCAACAAAUGUUCGCCGGGCAGGUGAUGGACUACAGGACAAGGUAGGGUCGGGCAGUCGUUCAUCGCAUACCAAAGACCAUAUGCGCAUUCUAGAGCGAAAUAGUGAUCAGUUACGCAACUUGCUGCGGGGUAAUGCACCACUGUUGAAGACGCUUGUAGAUGGUAAACGCGAACAGCAAGCUGAGAUCCUGACGAGCGAAGGUAAACGGAGACGAGUGGUUGCAGAUACUGAAGGAAUGGAUAGUGCCAGCGACGAAGAAACAGAACAGCAAGAGAAGCGUAUACAGGAAGUGACGCGCAUAUACUACUCAGAGCAUACUCAGACACGCAUACACAUAGAUGCACCCGCGCAUAACCGUAGGGAUGGUAUCAACAGUACUACAACGCCCACGUCAACGUCGUCACCUACAGCAAAAACACUGGACAAAUCGCCAAGGCCAUCACAUGGAGGUAGUAGUGAAGUACCGAACAGCGUGAGUAGCGAGAGCGACUCAGAGCUCGUGAUAAACCCCAAAAAAGACGUGCAUAAUACAGCAAAGAACCCGCGUACGCAAUCAGAACGUGCUCUUCUUUCCAUGAAAUAUGAGACAGAUGAAGAACUAGAGACUCUCGGGAGGUACCUGGCAUCUCUCAGGCCGAUAGAACUGCGAGUCCCGGUGGGCGGGUUCGUAUCGGACGAAUCCUGGGACUAGGUAUGCACCGG